AAACGCGAGAAGGGACGCAAAGCCAAGAACAUAAUCCAGAUGAACGGGAAGGUGACGAAGCUCCUCAAUCCCGACGACGACGCUGAUGUCAAGGCCUUCACGUAUGACUUCUCGUACUGGAGUUUCGACGGGAGUAAGGAGAUGCCCGACGGGUACUUUGCCAAGGAGAGCGCGGGGUCCAAGUACUGCGAUCAGAAAACGGUGUUCGACGACCUCGGUGGGGGGAUACUCAAGAAUGCGUGGGACGGCUACAACUCGACGCUCUUUGCCUAUGGCCAGACAGGCUCGGGGAAAUCUUGGUCUGUCAUCGGCUAUGGGGCCAACAAAGGCGUCGUCCCGAUGUUCUGCGAGAAAUUAUUCCAGGGCAUCAGCGAGCAGAAGGGAACCAAGGAAUUUGAGGUUCGGUUCAGUAUGCUGGAGAUUUACAAUGAGGUUGUGCGAGACCUCCUCAACCCCAGCAAGAAGAAGCAAGGACUCAAGGUCAGGCAGCACCCGAAGAAGGGCUUCUAUGCCGAGGGCCUGAAGAUGGCGAUGGUCUCCAACUACCAGGAGAUUGAACAGAAGAUGAACGAGGGCACUGUAAACCGCACUAUCGCCUCCACGAACAUGAACGCCACUUCCUCCCGAGCUCACACCAUCGUCGGCAUCGAGUUCACUCAGAAAUUCAAGAACGAGGCUGGGCAGGAGACAGCCAAGAAGGCGGUGGUGAACCUCGUCGAUCUGGCGGGGAGCGAGCGUGUGGACAGCACAGGCGCCACGGGAGAGAGGCUGAAGGAAGGAGCUGGCAUCAACUUGUCUCUGACAUGUUUGGGCAACUGCAUCCACGCCCUGGCGGAAAACGCGUCGGGAAAACCGACUCGCGUUCCGUUCCGAGACUCCAAACUGACGAAGCUGCUCAUGAACGCCCUGGGAGGCAACAGCAAGACGAUCAUGAUAGCUGCAGUCUCGCCAGCUGAUAUCAACUACGAGGAAACGCUCUCGACCCUCAGAUACGCCGACCGAGCGAAGCAGAUCAAGACGAAGGCCACGGUGAACGAAGACCCGACGGAGAAACUUCUGAGGGAACUGAAGGAGGAGAACGAGAAACUGAAGAAGAUGAUGUCGGGAGGAAAGAUCGACAUGGACCUCAUUGAUGAAGAUGGCGAUGGGGUUGAUGAUCGAGAUGCCGAGAAGCUGAAGAAGAAAUGGGAGGAGGAGAUGAAGGCGAGGAUGCUGGAGAACGAAAAGGAGAUGAUGGACAUGAAGAAAACUUACGAGGAGAAGCUUAAGCAGUCGAAGAUGGAACAUGUGGACCCAUCCAUCGCCAAGAAGGAAGAAGAGAAGCAGAAAAAGCCUCACAUCUACAACUUAAACGUCGACCCACUGCUGACCGGCCGCGUCGUACACAUCCUGAGGCCUGGAGCGAACACCGUCGGUAACAGGAAGGGAGAAGAGUCCAACAUCACGAUUAUUGGGCCCAGCAUCCAGGAACAGCACGCAGUCAUGACAGUGAACAAGGAAGGCAAAGUGAGCAUCAAACCGCAGAACACAGAGUGCCGAGUGGUGGUCAACGGCUCUCCCAUCCAAGGCGAGACGACACUGUGCCACAAUGACAGACUAGUCUUUGGAGGCACUCAGUUCUGGCUGUUCCAGAACCCCGCUGACAGAGACAAGAGCAAGAUGAACUACCCGGAAAUAACCUUCGAGUAUGCCCAGGAAGAGAUCGCGUCCAAGAGUGGCAUUGAUAUGGCCAGUAGCAAUGCCGACAUGUCGAAGGUGCAACAGGACCUCAUGGAAGUGAUGCUAGCAGUGGAAGAAGCCAAUUCCAUCUCAGAAGAGCUGGACAGGAUGGUCAAGUUUGAAAUUAUGCUCGUAUCCCCUCAGGUCCUCGGCCAGCAGGGAGGCAAAACCGAAAUUCAAGUGAAGAUGAGGAACCUGCAAAAUGGCACCGAGUUUGUGUGGCCGAAGGAGAAGUUUUUGAACCGCCUUUAUCUGAUGAAGGAAAUGUACACCAAUUAUGAAGAUGAUGACGAAUGGGAAAAACCUGAGGAGGAGGAUCCCUUCCAGGAAUCUUUGGACACAGAGAUUCGCAUAGGAACUGCUCAAGUGAUCCUCCAGCCUCUCGCCCACAGCAUCGAGCUCAACGAACAACUCGAAAUCACAAACUACAAAGGCGCGGAAAUCGGAAUCAUGAAUGUCGAGAUCGUCCCGUGCGACGCGACAGGGAAAGAUUACGUCGAGGAAGAUGACAAGUUCGUGGACAUCGCUGACGACCUGAUUGGCACUGACGUCUUCUUCAACGUCAGGAUCCUCAACUGCCGCGGACUGCCCAACCGAUACGCUGAUGUUUACUGCACCUACUCCGUUUACCUAGACGAGGAACCGACCAAAACCAAGAAGAUUUCGGACACCUCGAACCCGGACUUCAACCACGCGAAGCAGUAUUCAUUCACACCCGCCACGAGACAGCUGGUGGAGUACCUGAACAACGGCAGCCUUGUGAUCAGCGUCAUGGGCAAGCAGAGGGUCCGCAAGUCAGCGAUGCCCAGGACCAACGGCCUCACCACGAAGGAGAUGCUGCGCUCAGAUCGGGCCGUCUUCGCCAAGACCGCCAACCUGAUGAACGGAUUCCAGAUGAACGGCCGAGUGGUUGAUCCUCAGAAACAGUCGAUCAUCGUCGAACUGCUGCUCAUGAAGAAGACGCAGGCCAGACUACAGCAGAAAGUGGACUCCAUAAAGAAGUUGGUGAAAGAAGCCGAGAACAUAUCCAAGGUUAGGGUGUCCACCUCCCUCUUGAAGGAAGUCAUGCAAGCAAACACGCCCGAGCAAGCAGAUCUGAUCAUUAGGAAGAUUACAGCCGAGCCUGACAACGAGGACGACAGACCAUACAGCAGCCAGUCAAACAGUUCCGUGUGUGUUAUUCUUUAGUUUCCCCUGCGUAAAAAGAAAUCUCGUUAGUUUUAAGUUCAUAUCCUGUGGAAUUUAUUUUUACCUGUGAGUAUUAUGUUAGGUGUAAGUAUUUUGAUCAGAAUUUAAAAAAUGCAAAAGACUCUUAAAAGAUAUUUAAAAAGAUAUAAAUUUGCAGUUAUACACUUGCAGAACAAGUAUAUAUUAGUGUUAUAGGCCACCCAUGUUUGACCCAAUAACGUUUGCUGUAUAUAUUAGCAUGUGUAAGUUGCAAAAAAGGUACACUGUUUCUUACAUACAAGGUUUAGUGACUCAGUUGGAAUAUAAUUAUGUACAGUUUCAAUAUAUAUCUUAUUUUUCUCUAUGUAGAUAUUCAGGCUAGUGUAUGGGAGUAUGGGAAUAAAUAUAAUAUGACUAUUGUACAAAAUACAGUGCACAUACAAGGCAAGUGAGAGAGUAUAGGACUUGCUACAUAUAAUAUGUGUUUAGCACGAUGAGUGACUCUACAUUAUGAUAUAGUACUGUCAGUUGUUCUCAUAAUCUGUUGUUAUUCCCGUGCUGUA